AUGACCUUCCUCACUCCUGGAAUCAUAUACAUCACUCGGGCGUUAGCAUUUCCUGCUUUCUUCACCGUUGGCGUCGUAGCUGUGCGACGCUUUCUCGAGACACAUACUAAUAUUGUUCUCCCAACCUGGAUCUUUGUGAUAAUCUCUGUACUCAGCUUGCCUGCUCUAAUCACAUGCAGAAUUCUCCUGAGAGAUUGGAGACAGAAGCGCGACGCCGCUGCAAUUGGAGCUCGAAUUGCACCGAGAGUAAAAGGGAAAUGGUUUGCAAAUCUUGAUUUGCUCAAGAUGAUGAUGAACAAUUACUACAAAGGCUACCCUGCGGAUGGACUAAUCGAUAUCAUGAAAGACGAGGGACCUGUGUUCAACAUGAAUAUUUUGUGGGAAAACAUGGUGUUCACCUGCCAGCCAGAACAUAUUCAGUUGAUACUUGCGACGGAUUUCAACAAUUAUGCGAAAGGCAGAAGAUUUCAACGAAACAUGUCUGCAGUGCUAGGAGCGGGUGUCUUCAAUUCGGACGGUGAUAUGUGGAAAUUCCAUCGCUCCAUGACUCGACCUUUCUUUAGCCGUGACAAAAUUACCCAUUUUGACAUAUUUGAUCGCCAUGCUGAUUCUGCUAUAUCACUCAUGAAAACCCGUUUUCAAGCAGGGUAUGCGGUGGACUUCCAAGACUUGAUUGGCCGGUUCACACUCGAUUCAGCCACAGAAUUCUUAUUCGGUUCAUGUGUCAAUAGCCUUGCAGCAGGUCUCCCAUAUCCUCACAAUGUUGCCCCUACCGUCGUUACUUUACUUUCACCGAAUGCUUCAGCGUUUUCCUUGGCUCGCGACUUUAGUAAUGCAUUCCUCGAAGCACAAGAAGCUGUCAGUUCACGAGAACGAUUUAGUAUGAUUUGGCCCGUGCUGGAGAUCCACAAGGACAGGACAAAAGAGCCGAUGAAGGUAAUAAAUGCGUUUAUCCAACCUAUAGUGGAUGAAGCGGUAGCCAAGAUGAGGAGCCAAAAAGAGCUUGGACAAUUGUCGGGCUUGGCUGCGGAUAUUGAUGAUAAUGAGACGUUAUUAGAUCAUCUGGUCAAGCAGACGGAAGACCCCGUUGUUCUCAAGGAUGAAACGCUCAACAUUUUGAUUGCUGGAAGGGAUACUACAGCGGCAACCCUCACGUUCGUCAUCUAUUUCCUCUCAAUGUAUCCAGAGACCAUGGAUCGUUUGAGGAAAGAGAUCUUUGAGAAGGUUGGACCGUCGCAGAGGCCUACAUACGAUGACAUACGUGACAUGAAGUUCCUGAGAGCAGUGAUAAAUGAAACUUUGAGAUUGUACCCUGUCGUCCCCUUCAACGUCCGAGAAUGUACCCAUGCUACGACGUGGCCGUCGCCUGAUCCCACGCAACCGCCUAUCUACAUCCCAGCAGGCGCAAUAGUCCCUUGGUCCGUCUUCAUGAUGCACCGCCGGAAAGACCUUUGGGGACCGGACGCCGAAGUCUUCGAUCCCGACCGCUUCCUCGAUGAACGACUCAAGAAGUAUCUAACUCCAAGACCUUUUAUUUUCCUUGCGUUCAAUGCAGGUCCACGUAUUUGCUUAGGGCAACAGUUCGCCUACAACGAGAUGUCCUUCUUCCUCGUUCGUCUCAUCCAGAACUUCACAUCCUUCACUCAUUUUCCGGAGUUAUGUCUCCCAGAAUUUCAAGUACCGUCUGAGUGGAAAUCGUUCUCGGGCAGGAAGGGAAUUGACAAGUUUUUCCCGAAAAUGACUUUGACGAUGUAUUCUGGUGGAGGGCUAUGGAUAAAAGCUCAGGAGGCUGAGUGA